CAUCGGACUGGCCCAGCUUCGAUAUGGCUCGUGGACAGCAGAAGAUUCAGUCUCAGCAGAAAAAUGCCAAAAAACAAGCUGGACAAAAAAAGAAACAAGGACAUGAUCAGAAGGCUGCUGCUAAGGCUGCCUUGAUAUAUACCUGCACUGUCUGUGGGACACAAAUGCCGGACCCCAAGACCUUCAAACAGCACUUUGAGAGCAAACAUCCUAAAACUCCACUUCCUCCAGAAUUGGCUGAUGUUCAGGCAUAAAGUUGUUUACAGGUGAAUUCAUGGCACCUAUUUACUCUUCUACUAUCUCAGACCUUAGGUAACAAACCUGCAGCUGCUUUUCUAACAAACAGUUGAUCAGCAAAAAUAAAGGGGCUACAGCAACUCAUUUUUAUGCUGUUCCCUUUUGGGCUUCAUGCAAAGACAAUUCUGUGUAAAUGUACAGUUGAGCCUUGAUUUGGAAAUUCUGAAAAUCAGUCCAUCCUUGUUAUAAAAAUUUUUUUUACAAUUGUAAUUAUAUUGAUGUUCAUAUUGUGUAAAAUAACUCAUUUAAUAAAGGAGUAC